AUGGUCUUUCUCCAUCACGUUGUCCGUGCCUUACACGGCAUGCAGGAGAUUGAAGAUCGAGACCAUAGAAGCAUGGCAAGCGAAUGGAAGUUUCAAGAUUCAAUUCCUCUUGAGGGGGGUGAUCGCUCGCUCUUUAUUGCCAUGGGUGUCAUUGCCCUUCUUUCAAUGAUAACCUCUCUUUCUCUACUAUCUUUCCUUACCUAUCGCUUUAUCUUCUGGAAGCGUUACUAUAAACAUUCACUAGCGCAAAACCAAUAUGUCGUCCUCAUUUACAAUCUUUUGCUGGUGGAUUUACAACAAGGCCUGGGCUUUCUGAUUUCUUUGGUCUGGGCGUCAAGGGGAACCGUUCAAUUCGGUGAUGCUGCUUGCUACUUGCAAGGUUGGUUCAUUCAAAUUGGAGACCCCGGGAGUGGUCUGUUUGUCUUGGCAAUCGCUCUCCAUACUGGUGCUGUGGUGCUGCGUGGUCGCCAGCUGCCAUUUGGAAUAUUUGUUGUCUGCGUGGUGGCACUAUGGGUAUUCAUUUUAAUCCUGGGAUUCAUCCCAGUUGGUAUGUAUGGUCAUGGAUCAUUCGUGGUAACAGAGGCGAAUUGGUGUUGGGUGAGCCCUCGUGCCGAAAGUGAUCGUUUAUGGGGACACUAUCUCUGGAUUUUCAUUUCCGAGUUCGGCACUAUCGUUCUUUACGCAAUCAUGUUCUUCUACCUACGACGCCGUAUGAUCAAAGCCAAGAUGCUUCGCCAAGGUCAACAAGAGAAUCUGCGCCGAUUGAAUCGAGUCGUUAUUUACAUGGUUAUCUACCCACUUGUCUAUCUGGUGCUAUCAUUGCCACUGGCAGCUGGUCGUAUGGCUAGCGCGGGAGGUGACUCCCCCAGCAAAACCUACUUCGGUAUAGCUGGUUGUCUAAUGGCUUUUUCUGGUAUAAUGGAUGUGGCAGUCUACACAUUGACCCGCCGUCACCUGCUCACGGACACCGAGCGCAGCACAACCGACCAUAGCUAUGAGAACAACACCGAUUCUCAAUGGCAAACUCAAAUCACCACAACUGCGAAUGGAAUUCGGUCCAGCCGACGGCCGAGAAGGAAGGGCUUCUUUAGCUCACGAACCCGUCGAAAUAUCGCAGAAGAAGAUGGAGAAAUCAGUCCUUUCGAAGCAUCGACGGAUGACAUUGUUGCCAAGAGCGACAUGGAAAUGACUGAUCUUCACGGCGUGUACCAGGAGACUACUAUUGAAAUCUCGCACGAGCCUGCGGAGGGAUUGGGGGGAUCUAGUAGCUCCUCUCUCGAUGGGCACCAACGUCUGAGCACUUGA